UGAUUCAACACUUCUCAAACAUGUACCACACGAUGAAGCCUCCCUUAAUUUAAUACUAAAAGAAGAGGGAAAAGAAUUAUUAAGAGAGGGAAGAGGAAGAUCGAAGAUUUGAUCUCCUUUUUGUUUGUUCUUGCGGAUGAACAUGGGAAGUUUGAAUUAAAUGCAUUGAAGGUGAAACUUAGGGGUGAAGAUUUCCGGCUCUGUCCUACCAUUUUCCUUGAUUCAUCAAAUCUCAUGGGCGAGACGGGAAGGCAUUGUUACCACCGCCCACUCUCUCUCAUAUCUCUCUUGUAAACAUCAACGACCCAUUCGAAGAAACAAAUCAACCGUUUCAGAAAAGCCAUAAAAUCUGUGCGUUUAUACAGACAGGGGCGCUUGAUGAAUUUAAUUAUUAUCCCUUUCGAAACGGUGCGAGCGUGACCCAUUUCCAUUUUCCUUUCUCUCACGAAUCUGCCUCUGUUUUUUCUCUACUCAACCGCGCGAAACUCGGUGACCCGCCUCCCGUUUCUGCUUCUCCUUCUUCCUAUUCCAAUUGUUUGUUUUUUGUUCUUCAUUUCUUUCUGGAAUUGGGGUUGAGAAUUCCGCGAAAAUGGGAUUGAUUGCUGGGAUCUUUAUGGGGGUUAUCUUUGGGAUUGCAUUGAUGGCCGGGUGGCAGCACAUGACGAGGCACAGAAGCACCAAAAGAGUUGCGAAGGCUGCUGAUAUGAAAAUUCUCGGAUCUCUCAGUAGAGAUGAUUUAAAGAAAUUAUGUGGGGACAAUUUUCCCGAAUGGAUCUCCUUCCCAGUUUAUGAGCAGGUGAAAUGGCUUAACAGGCUACUCAGCAAAAUGUGGCCAUUUGUUGCAGAUGCAGCAGAAUUGGUGAUAAAGGAAUCUGUUGAACCUCUGCUGGAAGAGUACAGGCCCCCAGGAAUUACUUCAUUGAAGUUUAGCAAAUUAUCUCUUGGCUCAGUGGCGCCUAAAAUUGAAGGUAUACGUGUUCAGAGUCUAAAGAAAGGUCAGAUCACAAUGGAUGUUGAUUUUCGAUGGGGUGGAGAUCCAAGCAUCAUUUUAGCUGUUGAAGCCGCACUUGUUGCUUCAAUACCUAUUCAGCUGAAGGACCUUCAAGUUUUUACUGUUAUUCGGGUUAUUUUUCAACUUGCUGAAGAGAUACCUUGUAUUUCUGCUGUUGUUGUGGCCUUGCUUGCUGAGCCGGAGCCAAAAAUUUUGUAUAAUCUGAAGGCUGUUGGUGGAAGCAUAACUGCUAUUCCUGGAAUUUCAGAUAUGAUUGAUGAUACCGUGAAUACAAUUGUUACUGAUAUGCUCAAAUGGCCCCAUCGGAUUGUCGUUCCAAUUGGUGGAAUUCCUGUCGAUUUAAGUGAGUUAGAGCUUAAACCACAAGGAAAGCUUACUGUGACGGUGGUGAGAGCUAACAACUUGAAGAACAUGGAAAUGAUAGGAAAAUCAGAUCCUUAUGUUGUUGUGUAUAUUCGCCCGCUAUAUAAGCUCAAAACAAAAACAGUUGAAAACAACCUCAACCCUGUUUGGAACGAGGAACUUGUACUGAUCGUAGAGGACAAGGAGACACAGUCGGUUAUCUUCGAGGUUUUUGAUAGGGACAUUGGUCAAGAUAAGCAACUGGGGAUAGCAAAAUUAUCUCUGAUUGAUCUUCGAAGAGAGGUCACUAAGGAGGUCGAGUUGCGAUUGCUUGCGUCGCUCAACACACUGAGAGUGAAAGACAGGAAAGAUCGAGGAACUCUUACAAUCAAGGUUCAUUACCACGAGUUUAACAAGGAGGAGCAGUUGAAAGCCCUGGCAGAAGAGAAGAGGAUCCUUGAAGAGAGACAGAAACUGAAGGAGGAGGGAGUUUUAGGUAGCACAAUGGAUGCCCUGGAGGGAGCAGCAUCUUUUGUUGGAUCUGGUGUGGGCAUGGUGGGCACUGGCAUUGGCACCGGAGUUGGUAUGGUGGGAACCGGCAUUGGUUCCGGCGUUGGCAUCGUUGGAAGCGGCAUUGGUACUGGCCUUGGUGCUGUUGGCAGUGGCCUUGGUGCUGUCGGCAGUGGCCUCUCCAAAGCUGGAAGAUUCAUGGGGCGGACCAUCACCGGCCAAUCUAGUCACUCCAGAAGGAGCAGUUCUUCCAGCAUGCACGAAAAUGGUGGAGGAAGGCCGUUGUAGUUAUGUUCGUUGGUGCAUAGUGUGACAGCUAGGAAUUGUGAAAUAUCGACCGGGUUUGUAUCGUUCUAAAUUCUUUUAUCUAUUUUUUUUUUUUUUUUUCGUUCAACUCAUAGUGAUUUCAUGUCUUAUAUAUUCGAAUGGGGAAAGUUUGCAUUAAUCUUGUGAAGUUCUUCCCUAUGAAAAAAUAGAUCUUUUCUCGAUCAUAUCGAAUAAAUGUAAUCUAUUGCUAUGA